AUGGCUACCACAUCAACCAGCGCGCGCGUCCCCGCCGGCAUGAUCUUUCCUUACGAUGAAGGCACCGCCUUACCUUUCAUCGUCCGCGGUCCCGGCAUGGAGCUAUCGGGCUACGAGGGCACCAUUCUGAACAGUUACAAGACGCUGAGGGUCCUGGGCGACGAUGAGUCGCGGCUGUAUUUAAAGUGGUGCACGGGCGAUGCUGAACUGUACAAUACCAAGAAUCCCGAUCUGUAUAAACUCACCAACCUCUCGCUCAACCCGGACCAGCAAACCAAGCGCCUAAUCGCGCACCACAACGCGCUCCUCGUGUCCACCAAGUUCUACCACCAAAACACCUACCGCAGCCCGUGGACCGUCCUCCAAACCACAUACAUCAACUCUUCCUCCACCACAUGCACUCCAUCAGGCUCCGUCUUUUCUAACCUGCGCGCGCAUCAGCGUGUUGGAGCAGCCGGGCACCCAGGUCAUCCGCCUCUCAUGCCGCCUACAACAGUGGCGUGCCGGGCGUUGGUGUAA